AUGAAUUCCGACAUCUCGCGCAAGUAUCGGCGUCUUCCCGACGACGCCUUCAUGACGGAUGCGGUGGAAGCAGCAGACCCGGGCGUCAGACCGACCGCUGUGGCAUCCGCUAUCAUCCAAAGAGCUGAGCACGCAAUAGCCAAGACCAAAGCUGUUGAGGACGCUGUUGUCAAUACUGUUUCCCUUGACACGGCUAGUUUCAAUAGCCUGCUGCCACUCAUAUACGCGGAGAACAAACAGCGGCUAGAAGAGAGGGUGUUGGGAAUUUACGCUUCAGUAUCUUCAAGCCCAGAAUUACGAGAGGCUUCUCUGGCCGCUGCUCGUCUGUUCAGCAAUGCCAGCACGGCAUCGUUGAUGCGCGAGGACAUAUUUCGUCUUAUAAACCACGUGUUUGAACAUGAAAACGAGUCGCUAGAUGCCGAGUCCGCCCAUUAUCUACGACGGCAGCACCAGAAGUACCUUGAUCACGGCCUGCAGAUACCGACGGCCUCCGAGCGGGAGCGUCUCCGGGAAUUACGCCAUAGAAUCGGCGAGCUUACGCGAUCGUGCCAGAAGAAUUUCAAUAGCGGAGAUGAAGGCUUGUGGCUAGACUCUGGUUGUCUGGCCGGCAUUCCUAAGCGGGUGCUAUCAAACUUGCAGCCCGGUGAGGAUGAAAACAGAGGAAAGAUUUGGUACCCCAUCAAGAAUUCAGAUGUCGCGAUCCUCUUGCAGACGGCAGAGGAUCCAGAGCUUCGAAAGGAAGUCUUUCUCGCCGCAGAGAAGAGAUAUCCCGAGAAUGCUGAAUUGAUGACCGGACUCUUUCUCGCUCGUGAUGAGAUGGCACGGCUGCUCGGCCACACGUCGUAUGCAUCGAUGCAAUUGCGAGAUAACGUGGCCAAAACACCGGAGGGGGUGGAGGCGUUUUUAUCAGAUCUAGUGCAGAGACUCAAGCCUCAUGCCCAGAUCCAACUGGGGCAGCUACUGGAGACAAAAAACGCCGAGCAGGCCGCUUCCAGUAAUGAGCCAUCGCCUUUGCUUUAUUGGGACCUCACUUACUAUCGCGCUCGGGUUUUAGACAAAACGCUCGGAGUCAAUCAUAGCGAGAUAGCACAGUAUUUCCCGUUCGAAGCAGUUCUCCCAAGACUUCUCCUUACAUUUGAACGACUGCUUGAAGUGGAGACGCGCCCGGUAUCUUCAAAGGGCGACAAUUUGGUAUGGCAUCCAGAUGUUUCUAUACUUGCAGUUUGGGACACCAGCAGAAACAACCCUGAGAAGGAGUUUUUGGGUUACAUAUACCUAGACCUACACCCCCGACCUCUAAAGCGACCCAGGGGUGGACACUGGCGCCUUCAUCCGGGAAAUUUGCGAGAAAAUGGUACCCGUCACUGCCCUUCAUCGGCCAUUGUGUUCAACAUCGCAAAGCCUGCGGACGGGAAGCCCUCGCUUAUGAGCCACGCUGAGGUUGUCUCUUUAUUUCAUGAGCUUGGUCAUAGCUUCCGAAACUUAACUACCAAGACCCGGUUUGCUGCUAGUCACGGCGGGUACGACACAGACUUUAUUGAAACCCCAAGCAAGCUCCUUGACAACUUUUUUUGGUCUGCAGGGCCUCUUCGAGACCUCGGAAAGCACUACAGUUACUUGUCGCCUGAAUACGAGGCUCUGUGGGAAGCAGAGAACGCAGGAGGUCAAGAUGGCCACAGAAGGCCACCCGAAACGCUUCCAGAAGCCACCAUCGACAGCCUCGUGUCCUCACGAUACCAAUGCAACGCCAUCGAGACGAUGCGCCAGGUAGCCCUUGCGAUGUUUGCGCUCCGUGUGCAUAAUCCGGCCACCCGAUCGGAGCUAGAGGCCUUAGACAUCGCCUCUAUGUACAACGCAUUGCGGGACGAGUACACCAUGCUGUCGAUUGGGCAUGAACAACCAGGCCACAACCAAACGGCCUUCUCACACGUGUUCGGCCACUGGUCUGCAUCGUACUACAGUUAUCUACACUCUACAGCAGUUGCCGCCGACUUAUUCAGCUCCGAGGAAGGCUUCAAAGGCAACCCCUUCAACAAGGUGGCAGGGCGUAGAUGGCGCCGUACCGUCUUGGAGCCUGGUGGUAGCCGGCCACAGGCGGGCUUGCUACAGGAAUUUCUUGGGAGAGAGCCGACGAAUGCAACAUUUGUCCAUAGUCUGGUAGGAUAG